AUGAGUUCGGAUGCGGAGAUGGCGGUUUUUGGAGUGGCUGCUCAGUUUCUCAGGAAAUCAGAGAAGGAGCGGAUUGAGGCCCAGAACAAACCGUUUGAUGCAAAGACGUCGGUCUUCGUGGUGGAUACUAAGGAAUCCUAUGUGAAGGGCACAUUGGUCAGCAAGGAAGGGGGCAAAGCCACUGUCAAAACUGAGGGUGGACAGACUUUAACAGUGAAGGAUGACCAAAUUUGCCCCAUGAACCCCCCAAAAUUCGAUAAAAUUGAAGACAUGGCGAUGAUGACCCACCUGAACGAGCCGGCCGUCCUCUAUAACCUCAAAGAGCGUUAUGCAGCCUGGAUGAUCUACACAUAUUCAGGUCUGUUCUGUGUCACCGUGAACCCCUACAAGUGGCUGCCCGUGUACAACCCUGAGGUGGUGAACGCCUACCGGGGCAAGAAGCGCCAGGAGGCCCCACCCCACAUCUUCUCCAUCUCUGAUAACGCCUAUCAGUUCAUGCUGACUGAUCGUGAGAACCAGUCUAUCCUGAUCACAGGAGAAUCCGGUGCCGGGAAGACUGUGAACACGAAACGUGUCAUCCAGUACUUCGCAACAAUUGCAGCGGUCGGUGACAAGAAGAAGCAGGAGGAGCAGGCCAAGAAUAAGGGGACUCUGGAAGACCAGAUUAUCCAGGCUAACCCCCUUCUGGAAGCCUUUGGUAAUGCCAAGACCGUCAGGAAUGACAACUCCUCCCGUUUUGGUAAAUUCAUCAGAAUCCAUUUUGGUACCACUGGAAAGCUGGCUUCUGCUGAUAUUGAAACAUAUCUUCUGGAGAAAUCUAGAGUAACGUUCCAGCUGAAAGCCGAGAGAAGUUACCACAUCUUCUACCAGAUCAUGUCCAACAAGAGGCCCGAGCUGAUCGAAAUGCUUUUGAUCACAACCAACCCCUACGACUUCCCAUUUGUCAGCCAAGGUGAAAUCUCCGUGGCUAGCAUUGAUGAUGCUGACGAGCUGAUGGCCACGGAUAGCGCUAUUGAUAUUCUGGGAUUCACGGCUGAGGAAAAGGUCUCCAUCUACAAGCUAACAGGGGCCGUAUUGCAUUAUGGUAACAUGAAGUUCAAGCAGAAGCAAAGAGAGGAGCAGGCCGAACCCGACGGCACAGAAGUUGCUGACAAGGCCGCCUACUUGAUGAACCUGAACUCUUCAGAUCUCCUGAAAGCCCUUUGCUAUCCCAGAGUCAAAGUUGGGAAUGAAUAUGUCACCAAAGGCCAAACUGUGCAGCAGGUGUACAACAAUGUUGGUGCCUUGGGCAAGGCCGUCUAUGAAAAGAUGUUCUUAUGGAUGGUUACACGUAUCAAUGAGCAGCUGGACACAAAACAGCCAAGACAGUUCUUCAUCGGUGUCCUGGAUAUCGCUGGGUUUGAGAUCUUUGAUUACAACAGCUUGGAACAACUCUGCAUCAACUUCACCAAUGAAAAACUGCAACAGUUCUUCAACCACCACAUGUUUGUGCUGGAACAAGAGGAAUACAAGAAGGAAGGAAUUGAGUGGACAUUCAUCGACUUCGGUAUGGACCUGGCCGCCUGCAUUGAGCUUAUUGAGAAGCCAAUGGGCAUCUUCUCCAUCCUUGAGGAGGAGUGCAUGUUUCCCAAGGCGACAGACGUUUCCUUUAAGAACAAGCUUUAUGAUCAACAUCUUGGCAAGUCCAACAACUUCCAGAAGCCAAAGCCGGCCAAAGGCAAAGCGGAGGCUCACUUCUCCUUGGUGCACUAUGCUGGUACUGUGGACUACAACAUCACUGGCUGGCUUGACAAGAACAAGGACCCCUUGAAUGAGACCGUCAUUGGGCUCUACCAGAAAUCCUCUAUGAAAACCUUAUCAUACCUGUUCUCUAGCUAUGCAGCAACUGAAGCAGAGGGUGGAGCAAAGAAAGGUGCCAAGAAGAAGGGUUCCUCUUUUCAGACUGUGUCUGCUCUUUUCAGGGAGAACUUAAACAAACUGAUGAGCAAUCUUAGAACGACUCACCCUCACUUUGUACGCUGCAUUAUCCCCAAUGAGACCAAAACUCCAGGUGCCAUGGAACAUGAGCUGGUGUUGCAUCAGCUGAGGUGUAAUGGGGUACUGGAAGGAAUUAGAAUUUGCCGAAAGGGUUUUCCAAGCAGAAUCCUGUACGGUGACUUUAAGCAAAGAUACAAGAUCUUAAAUGCCAGUGCUAUUCCAGAAGGUCAGUUCAUUGACAGCAAGAAAGCUUCUGAGAAACUUCUUGGGUCCAUCGAGAUUGACCACACACAAUACAAAUUUGGACACACAAAGGUAUUCUUCAAAGCUGGCCUACUGGGGACGCUGGAGGAGAUGCGAGAUGACAGACUGGCCCAAGUCAUCACUCGUACUCAAGCCAUGUGCAGAAGAUAUCUCAUGAGGGUAGAAUUCAAGAAGAUGAUGGAAAGAAGGGAAGCCAUCUUCAGCAUUCAGUACAACAUCCGUGCAUUCAUGAACGUCAAACACUGGCCAUGGAUGAAGCUCUACUUUAAGAUCAAGCCUCUUCUGAAGAGUGCCGAGUCUGAGAAAGAGAUGGCAACAAUGAAAGAGGAGUUUGCAAAGACAAAGGAGGCUCUGGCCAAGUCAGAAGCCAAAAGGAAGGCGCUGGAGGAGAAGAUGGUGAAAGUUCUGCAGGAGAAGAACGACCUGCAGCUGCAAGUCCAGUCUGAAUCAGAGAGCUUGUCAGAUGCAGAGGAGAGGUGCGAUCAGCUGAUAAAGAGUAAGAUCCAACUCGAGGCCAAGAUCAAAGAGCUGAACGAAAGGCUGGAGGACGAGGAAGAGUCCAACGCUGAGCUGACCGCCAAGAAGAGGAAACUGGAGGACGAGUGCUCCGAGCUGAAGAAGGACAUUGAUGAUCUUGAGCUGACCUUGGCCAAAGUUGAAAAGGAGAAACAUGCCACAGAAAACAAGGUUAAAAACCUCACAGAAGAGAUGGCUGUCUUGGAUGAGAGCAUUGCCAAACUAACCAAAGAGAAGAAAGCUCUGCAAGAAGCCCACCAACAAACUCUCGAUGACCUCCAGACAGAAGAAGACAAAGUGAACACUCUGACCAAAGCAAAGACCAAGCUAGAGCAGCAAGUGGACGAUCUUGAGGGAUCUCUGGAACAAGAAAAGAAACUGCGCAUGGACCUGGAAAGAUCCAAGAGAAAACUGGAGGGGGAUCUUAAAUUAGCCCAAGAAACCCUAAUGGAUCUAGAAAAUGAUAGACAGCAGUUGGAUGAAAAACUUAAAAAGAAAGAUUUUGAGAUGAGCCAUUAUGCAAGCAAAAUUGAGGAUGAACAGCUACUUGGUGCUCAGUUGCAGAAGAAGAUUAAAGAAUUACAGGCUCGUAUUGAGGAACUGGAGGAAGAAAUUGAGGCAGAGCGUGCAUCUCGUGCCAAGGCUGAGAAACAACGUUCAGACCUCUCAAGAGAGCUUGAAGAGAUCAGCGAACGCCUGGAAGAAGCUGGUGGUGCAACCUCUGUUCAGAUCGAGAUGAACAAGAAGCGUGAGGCUGAAUUCCAGAAGAUGAGACGUGACCUGGAAGAAGCAACCUUACAACAUGAAGCCACUGCCGCCGCUCUCCGUAAGAAGCAUGCCGACAGUACGGCUGAGCUUGGGGAACAACUUGAUAGUCUGCAGCGAGUCAAACAGAAGCUGGAAAAGGAGAAGAGUGAACUCAAGAUGGAGAUUGAUGACCUGGCCAGCAACUUAGAAUCUGUCUCCAAAGCAAAGGCCAACUUUGAAAAGAUCUGCCGCACCCUUGAAGACCAGUUGAGUGAACUAAAGAGCAAAGAAGAAGAACACCAAAGACAUAUCAAUGAUAUUAGUGCUCAAAGAGCCCGACUACAGACUGAAAAUGGUGAGUACUCUCGCCAACUGGAUGAAAGAGAUGCCCUUAUCACUCAACUCUCUAGAGGCAAACAGGCCUUCACCCAGCAAAUUGAAGAACUUAAGAGGCAACUGGAGGAGGAGACCAAGGCCAAGAAUGCACUUGCACAUGGUUUGCAGUCUUCCCGUCAUGACUGCGACUUAUUGAGGGAACAAUAUGAAGAGGAGCAAGAGGCAAAAGCUGAACUUCAACGUGCUUUGUCCAAGGCCAACGGUGAAGUUGCCCAAUGGCGAACAAAAUAUGAGACUGAUGCCAUCCAACGUACAGAGGAGCUGGAAGAAGCUAAGAAGAAACUGGCCCAAAGACUACAAGAGGCUGAGGAGCACAUUGAGGCUGUGAAUUCUAAGUGUGCAUCCCUGGAGAAGACCAAGCAGAGGUUGCAGAAUGAAGUCGAGGAUCUGAUGGUGGAUGUGGAGAGGUCCAAUGCCGCCUGCGCUGCCCUAGAUAAGAAGCAGAAGAACUUUGAUAAGGUUUUGGCUGAAUGGAAGCAGAAAUAUGAGGAGACGCAAGCAGAGCUUGAAUCUUCUCUGAAGGAGGCGCGUUCUCUGAGCACCGAGCUGUUCAAGAUGAAGAAUGCCUAUGAAGAGUCCAUGGACCACUUGGAGACCAUCAAACGAGAGAACAAGAACUUGCAGCAGGAGAUUUCAGACCUUACUGAACAAGUAUCAGAAGUUUCAAAGGCUCUUCAUGAAGUAGAAAAGGCCAAAAAGCUAAUUGAGCAAGAGAAGAUUGAGGUCCAGACAGCACUGGAGGAAGCAGAGGCAUCUCUUGAACAUGAAGAAGGAAAGAUCCUCCGAAUCCAGCUGGAGCUCACCCAAGUGAAAUCUGAGAUAGACAGGAAGAUUGCAGAGAAAGAUGAAGAAAUUGACCAACUGAAAAGGAACCAUGUCAGGAUUGUCGACUCCAUGCAGAGCACCUUGGAUGCCGAAAUCAGAAGCCGAAAUGAUGCUCUUAGGCUAAAGAAGAAAAUGGAAGGAGACUUGAAUGAAAUGGAAGUCCAGUUGAGCCACGCCAACCGCCAAGCUGCAGAAUCUCAAAAGCAACUGAGAAAUGUUCAGGGCUUGCUUAAGGAUGUCCAAAUUCAUCUGGAUGACUCCCUCAGGUCCAAUGAAGAUCUGAAAGAACAGCUGGCUAUGGUGGAACGCAGAGCGAACCUCAUGCAAGCCGAGAUUGAAGAAAUUAGGGCGGCUCUGGAACAGACUGAGAGGAGCAGGAAAGUUGCUGAACAAGAGCUGCUGGAUGCAAGUGAACGCGUCCAACUCCUGCACUCACAGAACACAAGCUUGAUUAACACAAAGAAGAAGCUUGAGACCGACCUUGCUCAAAUGCAGUCAGAGGUCGAGGAAGCCAUACAGGAAGCUCGGAACGCAGAAGAGAAGGCUAAGAAAGCAAUCACUGAUGCGGCCAUGAUGGCUGAAGAACUGAAGAAGGAACAAGAUACCAGCGCACAUCUUGAGAGGAUGAAGAAGAACCUUGACCAGACUGUGAAAGAUCUCCAGCUUCGUCUGGAUGAGGCUGAACAGCUGGCUCUUAAAGGAGGAAAGAAGCAACUCCAAAAAUUGGAGGCCAGAGUGAGAGAGCUUGAAAAUGAGCUUGACAGUGAGCAGAAACGCAGCACAGAAGCCAUUAAAGGUGUUCGGAAAUAUGAGAGACGUGUAAAGGAGCUCACAUACCAGUCUGAAGAAGACAAGAAGAAUGUUAUGAGACUUCAGGACCUGGUAGACAAACUUCAGAUAAAAGUCAAGGCCUACAAGAGGCAGACCGAGGAGAUCGAAGAGCAAUCCAAUGUCAACCUGUCCAAAUACCGUAAAGUGCAGCACGAACUGGAGGAAGCAGAAGAGCGCGCUGAUAUUGCCGAGUCUCAGGUGAACAAGCUUCGGGCUAAAACAAGGGAAGUCACCAAGAUCACCAAGAGCGAAGAGUAACUGAGCCACAAGGUGAAUGAA